AUGAGCAGAAAUGAACCGGGAGGAUACGUAUUCAUCGGCGAGAUUCUUCACCAUAGCAAUAAGGGUGAUCGAACGAAUGUUAGACAGAACGAGGGAACGGCGUCGCCCCUGGUUACGCAGCAUUCUCCUGCCCUGCCAGUCCCCCAGGUAUUCAGCUCCAUUUUCAGGAGGGCAAGUAAUGGGCUUCCCACCGUUCAGCUAUGUAUGAGUUAUAUCGAGGGCCGAACGCUGGCGUCUGAACAACUACGCCAAAUCCACCGCCCCAAGUCUCUCAACCCUCCUGAAUAUUAUAGCAAUACCAAGGGCUCUCAUUUUCUCGGUUGCUAUGUCAAACACAACGGACUGUCGUAUGUCGAUGGGAAGGAUCUACCUGGUAUGCUCUCACGCCCAGCCUGCUCCGUCUUCACGCACGGCGACAUACGCCCUGGGAAUAUCUUGGUGAAUAAGCAGAGUCAGAUCGUGGGACUCCUUGAUUGGGAGAAUGCCGGGUUUUAUCCAGACUACUGGGAGUACGCCAUGACGAUGAGACUUAUGCCGCGGAGAGGUCAUGAAUGGCAGGCAUUCAUGAAAAGUCUGAAGCCGAAGAAUUGGGAUAUUACUGGCAUCGAAAAGGCACGGCGGGGUAUAUACGUCAUCGGUUCUGGCCAUUACAAUGCUCAUACAUAAAUUGAGCUUCUGCCCCAUCCCAUGUGCCCAUCCGACUCUGCUUCCAAAAGGAAUUCUUUGACCCAAAGCCUCCAUCACUGUUCUCGUACACUGCUGUCACAAUGCCUCUCGUUGUUCCCGGUAUCAAUAAUUCCUUGUCUGGCGAAAAGACCGAAGAAUGGACGAACAAACUAGUGGGCAAGACGCUGUCCGAAGACUCUAGCACGGAGACUACAUUCUGCAAACGCGACCUCCCGCAGCCGACUCGCGUGGUCCAACCGGGGAUGAUGGUGACCAAAGAUUUCGUCCCCGAUCGGAUGAAUGUAUACUUGAAG